AUGGUAUGGCCUUUACUUGCUAUUACAUUUGGUUUUGGUGCAUUAGCAGUUAGACAGGGUAUCCGAGUUAUUAAAAACAAUAAUAUUCUACUCCCAUUAUCUCAUAUAAAGAGUUCUAUAAAAGCUAUAUCUCCAAAAAAUAAGGGUUUUGAAAAUCCAAUGACAAGAAUUGAAGCAUAUAGAAUUUUAAAUUUAUCACCAUCUGCUUCAAAUUCUAAAAUAAGAGAUGCACAUAGACAGUUAAUGCUUAGAAAUCAUCCUGACAAUGGUGGAUCGAAUUAUAUAGCCUCAAAAGUCAAUGAAGCAAAAGAAUUAAUAUAUUAUGAUUCUAAAUAA